CCUGUGAGGUGGGAAGGGAUGUGCUAACAAGGUGCCUUCCUUGCAGGGGCUGGCUGCGCUGGUGUCCCCGGCUGCGCACUGUCCUCCUGGUCCCACUUCUCAUCUACAUCUCUGUGCCCAUCCUCAUCCACCUCUUCCCUGUCCUGCUCACCAAAUUUGUCUACCUGAACUUCCUGGCUUUUCCUUUCUUCGUUGACUUUCGUCAGCCGGAGCUGCUGCUGAACAACACCAUCAACCUGUACCUCAUGACUGAGCCGGGUGUGAUGGUUGGCAUCUGGCACACGGUGCCAGGCAGCAGAGGAGCUGAGGCGAGGGGCAAGGACCAGCACUGGUACGAGGAAGCACUUGGUGAUGAUCACCCCGUGAUCAUCUACCUGCACGGCAAUGGGGGGACCAGAGCUGCAAGACACCGCAUCCAGUUCUUGAAGACAAUGGGUGCUGCUGGCUUCCACAUCCUGGCUCUCGACUACAGAGGCUACGGGGACUCCAGUGGGCACCCCACAGAGAACGGCUUCACCACGGAUGUCCUGGCACUCUAUGACUGGGCCAAAGCACGAAGCGGGAACAGCAUCAUUCUCUUCUGGGGACACUCAUUGGGAACAGGGAUUGCCACAAACGCAGCAAGGAAACUGCAGGAGGAGCGAGGAGUCGAGGUUGAUGCCAUUGUCCUGGAAUCGCCCUACACCAACAUCCGCGAGGCAGCUGCCCACAUCCCCAUCACCAAGAUCUACCGCCAGUUCCCAGGUUUUGAGUACCUCAUCCUGGACUCGCUCGCUCUGGGUGACAUGUUCUUCCGCAGUGACGAGAAUGUGCAGGUGCUGUCCUGCCCGCUCCUCAUCCUGCACGCAGAAGAUGAUGCCAUCCUGCCUCCACACCUGGGACACAAGCUCUUUGAGACAGCACGCAGCGCCUACAAGGACAAAACCAAGGUGAAGUUCAUUACCUUUCCCAAAAAGCUGGGCCUGGGCCAUGACUAUAUUGCGUUCAACCCAGAGCUGCCUGCCUUGGUGAAAGACUUCUUGAACAUUAAGUGA